UCUAACAGCCAAUUCGCCAUUGCAGAAUAUAGCAAGAAAAAGAAGGAGAAGAAAGUGCCAGUUAUACUCGGUGGUAACUUAAUGCUCACUCUUGAGGUGGUGGAAUUUAAUAAGAAAGUGUUGGUUCAGAUUUCACCCAUCCAAAAACUUCCCAUAUAAUCUAAACAACUUCCAACUAGGGACAGGGACAGCGACAGAGACAUGCAUGGUUUCUCUCCUUACAAGCAAUGUCAAUGAAACAGUUGUUUGUAAGAACCCCAAGAAAGCUCGCUCCCACCCCCACCCCACCGCACAGAAACAGGAGCUGGAUAUUUGAUCACCGCCACCACCUCUUCUCUUCACUAACUUCCAACUUCCCAACACAAAGCGGCCACCUGCGAUAUGGGAAAACAACCACUUGGUUGCGUCUUAAUGUUCUCUGUCCUUGCCUCCCUCGGCCUUGUCUCCUUCGCCGCAUGUCUGGUUGCUGAGGCAAAGAGAUCCAAGAAGGUUGAUUUGAAGUUGGAUGGAAAGAUGUGUUUCUUGCCUGGAAAGAGUGAUGCCUUUGAACUGGGUGUGGCUGCAUCAGUCUCUCUCUGCACCGCUCAAAUCAUAGGGAACGUACUACUCUGUGCAAGUUACUGGUGGAGUGCAAACACAAGAAAGCCUAAAAAACCAACUCUUACUGCAAUUUUGCUGGCGUUUUCCUGGAUCAGCUUUGGAGUUGCAGCAAUCCUAAUAAGUGCAGCGACGAGCAUGAGCAGAGCACAACCCUACGGAGAAGGAUGGUUGGACGGUGAAUGUUACCUAGUUAGAGACGGAGUGUACUUGAGCUCCGGGGUCUUAAGUCUACUUGCCGUCUUCACCUUGAUUGGAGCUGCCUCCAUCACAAUUACAAACAAUCAAGUACUUGACCAAGCCCACAAAAUCAAUGCAUGAAAAUCAAAAUAAACAACAGUGAUAGAAAAUACAGACACGUACGUAUGAUGGCGUGUUGAAUUUUUUAAACAAACGACAGUCAGGUAUGUAUGUAUAAGAUCAAGUGUGAAAUUAAUGCAUUCAAGUCCACCAAGAUCACAAGUGACGGAGCAGAAGCCGGUAGCCCCCCCCCCCCCCCAUCGGAUAAAAAUCAAAUAAACGAAUGAACAAGAGCCAACGAGGAAGGCGCCCCAAAGCGAUAUCUUACCAUAUACAGCUACCUACUCCAUUUCUUUGAUCCGUUCCCUAAGGAAAGGAAUAAUAAAAUAGGUUCAGAAUGAAAGUGGUGGUUCUUCUGUAAAGUUGGUUGUUGGUCGAUCUGGAUGGUCCAUCCCCCCCACAGCGACAACGAUGUCAUUUUAAUUCCUAGCUUGCAAAAAAUUUUCCUUAUGCCCUUUUUCCUUGUUUCACCACUUGUAUUCCCAAAUCAUUGUAGUUAUAUACAUACAAUUUAUGUACUAUAUACAAAGCAAAUUAAGGCCUCGUAUAAA